UGUGGUUGCAGCCUUGAUGCUUCUCAUUGGCAUCUAGAGAGAGAGAGAGAAAGAGAGAGACGAGAGAAGAUGCGGAUUAUUUUGGAGCAGAUUGUUUUGUUAUUCUCUGGAUUUUGGGGCAUUGCCAUGGGAGCCUUUCCUAGCAGCGUGCAGAUAGGUGGGCUUUUCAUCCGAAAUACAGAUCAGGAAUACACUGCAUUUCGAUUAGCAAUUUUUCUCCAUAACACCAGCCCCAACGAGUCCGAAGCACUUUUUAAUUUGAUUCCACAUGUAGACAACAUAGAAACAGCCAACAGUUUUGCUGUAACCAAUGCCUUUUGCUCCCAGUAUUCCAGAGGAGUGUUUGCCAUCUUUGGACUGUACGACAAGAGAUCAGUACACACCCUGACCUCAUUCUGCAGUGCACUGCACAUCUCCCUCAUCACACCCAGCUUCCCAACCGAGGGAGAAAGCCAGUUUGUCCUCCAACUGAGACCAUCGUUACGAGGAGCUCUGUUAAGUUUGCUGGAUCAUUAUGGUUGGAAUCACUACGUAUUUCUUUAUGACACGGACCGGGGCCUGGCCUCUUAA